CUCGGACCAGACAGGUGUUCACAAUGAUGUCUUUGCACUUUGGUUUUGUGGUCGUGCUACUUUUUGGAGUAUUUGAUGGAAGUCAUUCCCAAUACGGUGACGGCGGUAGUAUAGACAACGACCUCAUUAAAAGUUGCGCUGAUGAAGCAAAGAAACUAGUAAACAAAGCAUAUUUUGAUACCCGCAGCAGUUUGAAGGAACGUUUGGAUAAGACGACAGUGAGUCCAUAUGAUCUCAUGGCCUAUUUCAAGCAAGCGGUGGCAGAAAGCCGGGACUCCAUCCGAGCAGCUGAUUACAUGGCUGUCACUCUGCACCUCCUGGCUGACAGGGUUAAACGUUUUCAUCAAAAGCCCUUCAAUAUAACAGACCUGUUGACGUAUAGCCAGAUGGAGAGUAUUUCGAAGAUAAGUGGCUGUGACACACAGCUUAACACAGUUUGUACAGACGGCCCCUACCGCACCAUUACUGGAGAAUGCAACAACAGGAAGAAUCCUAGGCUUGGUGCUUCCAACACUGGAUUUACACGUUUGCUCCCAGCUUCUUAUGAGGAUGGUGUUUCUCUUCCUCGAGGCUGGACAGAAAACAAGGCCUACAAUGGAUUCUCCCUUCCCUUGGUGCGUGCCGUGUCCAAUAAGAUUGUCCGCUUUCCCACUGAGGGCUUGACCUUGGAUGAAGGGAGAGCCCUUAUCUUCAUGCAGUGGGGGCAAUGGGUAGAUCAUGACCUUGAUCUCACUCCAGCAACUCCCUCAACUUCAACUUUUGUCCAAGGAGUGAAUUGUGACACCAGUUGUGUCCAAGAUGCCCCAUGUUUCCCUGUGAAGAUUCCACCAAAUGACCCUCGGAUUAGUAAUCAGAGUGACUGUAUCCCAUUCACCCGAUCUGGUCCAGCUUGCACCAAAGAUGCAGUACGUGAGCAAAUGAAUGCCCUUACAUCUUAUAUUGAUGGCAACCAAGUGUAUGGCAGUGAUUUGGCAACUGCAGAGAGGCUGCGAAACAAAACAAACCAGUUGGGCCUCAUGGCCAUCAACCAGAACUUUACUGACAAUGGCUUACCAUUGCUGCCUUUCAAUACGAUUAAUGGAGGUCUCUGCGUCACAACAAAUGCAUCAGCUGGAAUCCCCUGCUUCCUUGCAGGAGACGUUCGAGUCAAUGAACAACCUGGUCUUCUAUCUUUCCAUACACUUUUUGUGCGGGAGCACAACCGUAUAGCUACUGAGCUUCACAGGCUGAAUCCUACAUGGUCAGAAGAGAUCCUUUAUCAAGAAACUCGAAAGGUUAUUGGUGCCAUUUUGCAAAAAAUAACAUACAAAGACUGGCUUCCAUUGCUGUUGGGAUCAGAGAUGUCUACUGUUCUACCUCCAUACAGAUCCUACAGUGAAUCUGUUGAUCCAAGGGUGGCCAAUGUGUUCACCAUUGCCUUUCGCAUGGGACACACACUAAUACAGCCAUUUAUCUACCGGUUAGGUGAGGGUUAUCGUCCUCAUAUGCCAGAACCACAAGUCCCAAUUCACAAGACCUUUUUCGCCAGUUGGAGGAUAGUUAAAGAAGGAGGCAUCGACCCCCUCUUUCGAGGAUUGUUGGCAAAUCAUGCCAAACUGAACAUUCAGAACCAGAUUAUGGUUGAUGAGUUGAGAGAGCGUCUCUUUCAGUUUGUUAGACGCAUUGGCCUUGACCUAGCAUCUCUUAAUAUGCAACGCGGCAGAGAUCAUGGGUUACCAGGAUACAAUGCAUGGAGGAGAUUUUGUGGUUUGUCUGCACCUCGCAACCUGAAUGAAUUAGCUGCGGUUCUAAACAACAGGGAGUUGGCUCAGAAAUUAAUUAAUCUCUAUGGGACGCCUGAAAACAUUGACAUCUGGGUUGGAGGAGUCUCUGAACCACAAGUUCCUGGUGGAAGAGUUGGCAAACUGCUCAGCUGUCUCAUUGGAAACCAGUUCCGCAGAGCCAGGGAUGGAGACAGAUUUUUUUAUGAAAAUCCCUCUGUGUUCACGGCUGCUCAGAGAAAAUCAAUAGAGCAGGUGACUCUGGCACGCGUUAUCUGUGAGAACACGAAUAUUAAAGAGGUCCCUCGAAACGUCUUCAUGGGGAACGACUACCCUCGAGAUUUUGUACGCUGCUCCAAAAUACCUGCGCUAGACCUGAGUCCAUGGAAGUCCAAAUAAAAAAAUGUAGUACUUAAGGAGAAGCAUAGAUACCCCAUUGUUUUGCUGUUUAAUAUGACAUUACAGGUUUAUAACAUGAUUUUUACAACGGAUUAGGACAUGCACUGUUGCUGAAAGCACUAGAUGUUGUCAGAACUACCCAGCAUGAAAAAAAUGCUCUUAAAUUAUGGUAAAAUAUACAAUGGUUUGUGCACAGUUUAGAGCUUAUAAAAAUGCGUGAUUUUCUUUUUUUCAGAAAUUAUGUAUUAACCAUGUUAAAUAAGAUUUUGAUUUGUGUUUAAUGUUUUAAUGUUAUCUGUUUCUAUUGUUAUUAUUAAAGAUUUACACUGUGUCAGAAUGCAUCAA